GUCCGAGUCAUUUCCGCGAAUCGGUUCUUGCCUACAGUUCGGUUCAAAAUUCCAGCGAUUCUUCCAGCGUGUCAAAGUACCUGCUCUGAAGCGUUCCAGUAAAGCCAUAUUAGGGACGUUUCUCACCAUGGCUGAGCAUUUAUCCCAGAGUGAACUGGACUAUCCUUUUAAGCUCUUGGAAUAUUUCAAUGGAUUCAGGAUCUCCAAGGCAAUAUUUUCAGCUUGUGAAUUAGGGGUGUUUGACCUUCUCCUCCAAUCCCAAAAGCCCAUGAGUGCAGUUGAAGUGGCACAGAAGCUUGGCACCAGUGAAGAUGGUAUAGAGCGUUUACUGGAUGUUCUGGUUGCCAUUGAGAUUGUGGACGUGGAAGUGGUACAGGGUACAGCUUUUUACAGCAGUACAGAUGUUGCUAAUCUAUACCUGGCCAAGACUAGCCCAAAAUCUCUACAUGAUCUGAUCAUUUAUAACUCUCAGACCAUCUACCCACUCUGGAACAAUCUGGUAGACGCUGUUAGGGAAGGAAAGAACCAGAAUGAGAAAACUUUUGGCCUCCCAUCUGAAGAGAUCUUCUCUGCCAUAUACAGGUCAGAAGAGGAGAUGCUGAAAUUCAUGGGACUGAUGAACUCUACGUGGGUCAUUGACGGCCAUGACAUAGUGACAGCUUUCGAUCUUACUAACUUCAAGACCGUCAUAGAUCUGGGAGGCUGCUCUGGUGCAUUAGCGCGAGAGUUGGCUAAAGAGUAUCCUUCCUCCACUGUCACGGUGCUGGAUCUCCCAGCUGUGGUCCAGACUGCUCAGCAGCAUUUCGCCCAGCAAGACGACACCAUCUGUUUUCAAGAGGGGGACUUUUUUGAAGGAGAAAUCCCUCCUGCAGAUUUAUACAUUCUGGCCCGGAUCAUUCAUGACUGGAAGGAGGAAAAAAAUCUCAAACUACUGAAGAAGAUUCAUACAGCAUGUCAUCCAGGUGGAGGCGUUCUGAUCGCAGAGGCACUGUUGUUUGAGAACAGCCGUGGUCCAACUAUGGUUCAGAUGUUUUCUCUGAACAUGCUGGUGCAGACAGAAGGGAAAGAGCAUCCACCCUCUCAUUAUACACAUCUGCUCACCGAAGCAGGAUUCAGAGAUGUGCAGGUCUGUCGGACCGGAAAAUCAUACGAUGCUAUUUUGGCACUCAAAUGAAUAUGCACAAGUGUAUUAAUGUAAUCAUUGUUAGUAAUCAGAACCCUUCUGCCUUAUCUGCAGACAGUCAGUAAUCAUAUUCAUGCACAUGUCAGACAUCUGUUGUUCCACCUUGGCCUCGUUUGUAAAGUAAUAAAGCAGUUUUUUUCUCAAACACAGAGUGAGCCCACUCCUGAUCCUUACGAUUCCUUCAAAAGACCAAUUUUAGUACAAAUUAGGUUUAGUUAUUUGUGAGUUUGACUCCUGAGGCCUACCAGAUGUAGUCUGAGAAGGGGUGGGAUAAAGAGCUGUUUUGGAUUGGCCGGUGGUGUCAAAAUAAGCUCCUCCCUCUAUCCCGUCUUGCGUAUCUAUGCACUGUCGUCUUGACAUAUGGUUAAGUGUGACCCCUAGUGGUUAUUUGUUGAACUAACAGAAAAAAACAUUCUACUAAAAAUGUACACAAAAUCCAUACAUAAAAUAGCAGUAGUUGAUUUUUAGCUAAAGAAAGUCUGAAUAUCAACUCCUGGCCUCAUUCCAUUUCAACAAUACGAUUUUUGUAUCAAAUAGUCCUAAUACAAUUAAUUUACCAUCCUUCUAUAGAAAAAAUGCCUCUUAAUUUUUUCGUUUAUUAUUUGUUUGUUUUUUUGUGAAAACCUUGCACCACCCGUGAUGUUGUGCCACACAUUUAUACUUGUCCACUGAAAAAAA